AUGGAUUUGGAGAGAGGACCCAGAUACGAUGAAUACGCUAAACUGCGAGAGAAAAAGAUUCGACUCAACUACCAAUACCAACAACAAGAUUAUCAAGAAGAACAACAAGAAAAAGAGAAUGUUUUUGAAUCAAAAAUUCCAACCAUAUCAACAAAACAAGUCAAGUAUCAAGUUGGUGUGUCUUGUGUAAGAAAAGUGUCUUCUUCUCUUGUAGCUCAAUCUGUGCCGGAUUUGUCUUCAUUGUUAAGGAAAGAGAAUCGUAAGCCGGUCAAUAACAAUUUGCAACCUACUACAUUGACACCUCCAUUGAAGAACAAGAACAAAGGUUGUGGUGUUAUGUCGAGUUCGAGAGGAGGUAGUAGAUCAGUAAAUGCAGACAAGAGAAAGGGUUAUGGUGGUGGUGGUGGUGGGAUUCUUACGGCGAGGAAAAGCUAUGGUAAUUUUGAUGAACUGAGGAGUUUUUCUUCGGCUACUGCAAAUGCUAUCAAUGGUGAGAUUAAGAAUAGUAGAGUUCUGGGGAAGAAAAAUGUUUUAAGAUGA